UAAUAGAUAGGGAGAAGAGAGACAGAGCUUUUUCUUUAAUUUUGAAAUUCUGUUUAGACUUUUAAUGGGGGAACUUUUUGUUUUUCCUCUAAAAAUCAAUGCCCAUCUUGUUUUGGAACAGCUUCGAUGUAAUGGCGUUCUUGAAGGAAUUCGAAUUUGUCGUCAAGGCUUUCCAAACCGAAUACCAUUCCAAGAAUUCCGUCAUCGUUAUGAAAUUCUUACACCAAAUUUAAUUCCAAAAAGUUUUGUUGAUGGAAAAGAGGCUUGCAAGCGUAUCAUAGAGGCACUUGAAUUGGAUAAAUAUUAUUAUCGAAUUGGUCAAUCCAAAGUAUUUUUCCGUGCUGGAAUGCUUGCACAUUUGGAAGAAGAACGUGACCGAAAACUUUGUGGACUUAUUAUAAGCUUUCAAUCUCAAUGCCGAGCUUAUCUAGCCAGACGUUUAUAUCAAAAACGUGUUCAACAAUCCAAUGCUAUUCGAAUUUUACAACGUAAUGGAUUGGCUUGGUUAAAAUUGCGUGAUUGGCAAUGGUGGCGUUUAUAUACAAAAGUGAAGCCGUUGUUGCAGGUUACCAAUCAAGAAGAAGCAAUUCGUAAACGUGAUGAAGAAUUAAAUGUUCUUAGAGAUCGUCUUGCCAAUAAUGAGAAAGAAAUGUUGGAAAUUCAACUUUUACUUAAUAGAACGGAAGAAGAAAAAAUUUCAUUACAAGCACAACUUCAGGUUGAAUCAGAUGACCGUGCUGGAGCAGAGGAAUUGGCAGAUGAAUUAAAGCAACGAAAUAUUAAAUUUGAAGAUGUUGUGAAUGAAUUGACUCUUCGUUUAGAGGAAGUUGAUGAAGCACAAUCAAAAAUUUUACAAUCAAAUAAAAAGUUGGAUGAAACUGUCAAAGAUUUGGAAUCUCAACUUGAAGAUGAAGAAUCUGCUCGACAAAAAUUAAUGUUGGACAAAAAGAAUUUGGAAAAUAAAUUGAAGGAAUUGCAAGAACGUUUUGCUUUAAUGCAAGAUGCUAAUGAACGUUUACAAUUGGAAAAGAAAAGUGUUGACAAUAAACUUGUCCAACUUUCUGAUCUUUUGCAAGAAGGUGAAGAUAAAGCUAAACAAGGAAUGAAGUAUAGACAAAAGUUGGAAAACCAACUUAGCGAACUCACAGAACGUUAUGAAUCUGAGCUUCGAUUACGUGAAUUUGCUGAAAAAGAAAAGAAAAAUAUUGCCUCAGGAAUUGCUCAACAAUCAUCUAUGCUUGAUGAAAAACAUUCAAAAAUUGAAUAUUUAACUACAGAAUUGGGUAAAUAUGAGGCUGAAUUGGUUCAAUUACGAAACAAAUCUGAUGAUGAUUUGGCAACAAUUUCUGGACUUCAAAAACAUUCUCGAAAAUUGGAAUUAUUGUUGGAAGAGGCUAGAGAAGAUUUGGAGCAAGAAAAGAAACAGAAAUUGGCUUUGCAAUCAAAAUUACGACAAUUGGAGCAGGAAUUGGCUGAUGUUCAAGCUUUGCAAGAAGAACAAGAAAUUGAAAAACAUCAAAUUUUGAAUGAAUUGGAUAGUGCUAGGUUACAAUUAAAAGAUUCUAAAAAACGUGUUGAUGAGGAUGUUAUUCAACAAUAUGAGGAACAACUUAAACGUUUUACUAAAGAUUUGGAUAAUGUUCAGCAACAGUUGGUGGAUGCUGAGGCUGCCCAAAAGAGAAUUGAAAAUUCUAAAAAGAAAUUGCAACAAGAGUUCGAAGAUCUUCAAAAUGAAUUGGAUCAAUCAAAUAUGGAGAAAGCUGCAUUGCUACGGAAGAUGAAAAUGAUUGAGAGGAUUAUUACAAAAUGA